ACCGGCACCCCCGAGCCCAUCGCCAUUGUAGGCAUGGGCUGCCGCUUCCCGGGCGGGGCCAACACCCCCAGCAAACUAUGGGAUCUUCUAUGCGCCAAGCGCGACGUGCAGCGCCGCAUCCCGACGGACCGGUUCCACGUCGACGCCUUCUACGACCGGGACGGCGAGCGCGCCGGCUGCCUCAACGUGCGAGAGGCCUACACGCUGGACGAGGACAUCCGGCAAUUCGACGCGGCGUUCUUCAAGACCAACGCGCUCGAGGCCGAGGCCAUGGACCCGCAGCAGCGCCUGCUGCUGGAGACGGUGUACGAGGCGCUGGAAUCGGCGGGCGGGGUGAUGGAAGACCUGCAUGGCUCCGACACCGCCGUGUAUGUGGGCGUGAUGACGGGCGACUACCACGAGCUGCUGCUGCGCGACCCCGAGGACAUGCCCAAGUACAUGGCCACCGGCACGGCGCGGAGCAUCCUGUCGAACCGCAUCUCGUACUUUUUCGACUGGACGGGCCCCUCGAUGACCAUCGACACCGCCUGCUCGUCCAGUCUGGUCGCCGUGCACGAGGCCGUCCAGGCCCUACGCCAGGGCCGCUCCACCCUCGCCUGCGCCGCCGGCGCCAACCUCAUCCUCGGCCCCGAGAUGAUGAUCUCCGAGUCCAAGCUGCACAUGCUCUCACCCACCGGCCGCAGUCGCAUGUGGGACGCCGGGGCCGACGGCUACGCCCGCGGCGAGGGCUUUGCCGCCGUCAUGCUCAAGACGCUGAGCCAGGCGGUCGCGGACGGCGAUUAUGUCUAUGGGGUCAUCCGCGAGACUGGGGUCAACUCCGAUGGACGAACGAACGGAAUCACCCUCCCCGGAGCAGACUCACAGACGGCAUUAAUUCGACAGACGUAUGCACGCGCUGGGCUGGACAUCGACUCCCAGCGGUGUCAGUACUUCGAGGCCCACGGGACUGGUACCGCUGCGGGAGACCCCAUCGAGGCGCGUGCGAUCUACAAUGCAUUCUUUGCCUCGUCCAGCGAGCAGGCAGAAACGCCGCUGUACGUCGGGUCGGUGAAGACGGCGGUCGGACAUCUCGAGGGCACAGCCGGACUGGCGGGACUGGUCAAGGCCGUCGAAGCCGUGCGGCGUGGGGUGAUUCCCCCGAAUAUGCUGUUCGAGUCGCUGAACCCGGAAAUCCAGCCGUUUUACCACCGACUCGCGGUUCCGACAGACACGAUCCCAUGGCCGGAGGUGCGGGAGGGAGAGCCGCGUCGCGCGAGUGUGAACUCUUUCGGCUUCGGCGGAACCAACGCGCACGCUAUCAUCGAGUCGUACGACAACCCACAUCGACGGCCAUCAUCUGCCACAUCCUCCCUCUACACACCCCUAGUCCUGUCCGCCAACUCGGAAAGCUCACUGCGCGGCCAAGUCGAAGCCUUGCACGCGUUCCUCUCCACCACCGACACCCCCGUCCAACACAUCCUCCACACUCUCCAGACCCGGCGCUCACAACAUCCCGUGCGCGCCACCUUCUCCGCCCCCGACCGCGACACCCUCAGCACAGCCCUCUCCAAAGCCGUCGCCAGUGACUCCACACUCGGGACCCGCGUCGACAAGAGACCUGCGAAGCCACGGAUCCUGGCCGUCUUCACGGGCCAAGGUGCGCAAUGGCCGACCAUGGGCCGGGAAAUUCUGCGGGCCUCCCCACUCGCCCAACGAACCCUCUCCACCCUGCAAUCCGCCCUAGACACGCUCCCCGACGGCCCCGACUGGUUGCUGUCCACCGAAAUUCUCGCCGACAAAGACACCUCGCGUCUCGCCUCGGCCAGCGUGGCGCAGCCUCUCUGCACGGCCGUGCAGAUCCUGGUCGUGGACCUCCUCCGUCUGGCCGGGAUCACACCCAGCGUCGUCGUGGGCCACUCCAGCGGCGAGAUCGCCGCCGCGUACGCCGCGGGCAUGAUCUCGGCGGCUGAGGCGAUCCGCAUCGCGUACUACCGCGGGGUGCACGCCUCGCUGGCGCGCGGGCAGAACGGCCAACGCGGUGGGAUGAUGGCGGUGGGGAUGUCGUACGACGAGGCGACGGAAUUCUGCGAGGAGAAUUUUGCCGAACGGAUCGAGGUGGCGGCCAGUAAUGCACCCAGUAGCGUGACGUUAUCCGGGGAUGAGGAUGCGAUUGCAGAGGCGAAGGCGAUCCUCGACGAGCGGGGCGUGUUCGCGCGACCGCUGCGGGUUGAUACGGCGUACCACUCCGCGCACAUGAUCCCGUGCUCCGAACCCUACCUCGACUCCCUGGCUGCGUGUGAGAUCGCCCCCCAGGAGGCGAGGGAGGGGUGUGUGUGGGUAUCCAGUGUGCACGGCGCGCGGAUGGAGGGAUACCGCGUGGACACGCUGACCGGGGAAUACUGGAACGAUAACAUGGUCAGUCCGGUGAUGUUCUCCACGGCUGUGGAGAUGGCGCUCAGCGAGGAGGCAGCGUGCGAUGUGGCGAUCGAGAUCGGCGCACAUCCCGCCCUCAAGGGACCCUUCACCCAGACCGCCAAGCAGGUGGCAGCAGCAGCAUCCAGUGCGACACCGCUCCCCUACAGCGGGACCCUGAGUCGGGGACAGCAUGACAUCGAGGCGCUCAGCGAGACGCUGGGGUACCUGUGGCUGCAUCUCGGGGCGAAGGCGGUCGCCUUCCCUGCCUACACCUCGGCCUUUACCGACGCACUCCCGCAGUGGGUGCCCGACCUGCCGCGGUACAGCUGGGACCACCGCCAGUCUUUCUGGCGCGAGUCCACCAAAUCCGCCAACUUCCGGUCGCGGCUCCCGCGGCACCCGCUACUGGGGGUGCGGUCGACUGAGGAUCUCGACCAGGAGAUGCGGUGGGCGAUCACCCUGCGCACGCAGGAGCUGCCCUGGCUGGAGGGCCACAAGGUCGAGGGGCAGGUCAUCUACCCCGCGGCCGCGUAUCUGGUGAUGGCGAUGGAGGCCGCCCACAACCUGGUGGGCGAGGGACUGAGCGUGCAGAUGCUGGAGCUGUUCGACGUGGAGAUCGCCAACGCCAUCCCGCUGCCGGAGGACGGCAAGGGGGUGGAGGUGCAGUUCACCCUCGUCCCGUCCCCAGGGAACGCAAAGUCCGAGACCAAGACGGCGCAGUGGGCGUGCUACGCCCGCACCGCGGGGACCGGCAAGUCUUCGUGGCGCAGCAACGCGCGCGGCACUGUGCGUGUCGUCCUGGGGCCUGCCGCCGACGAAGACUUGCCCCCGCGCAACCCGCCGACCGGGGUUUUCCACGAGGUGAAGACGGAGCGGUUCUACGAGGCCCUCACAGCCAUCGGGUUACACUACACCGGUCCCUUCCGGGGACUGGACAGCGUGCACCGCCGGUCCGGGACGGCCAUGGCGACGGCAACCCAGAUCCCGGCCGCGGAGCUGGGCGUCCCCAUCCACCCCGCCGUUCUGGACGCAGCCUUCCAGACGCUGUUCGCAGCCUACUGCUGGCCCGAGGACGGGAGCCUGCGCGCGCCGUUCGUGCCAACGGGCCUGCAGAGUCUGCGCAUUGUCAACCGCGACCUCGUGCAGGCCAGCGCACAGCUCACCGUCGACGCAGCCAUCACGCACUCCUCGGGGACGACCAUCAUCGCGGACCUGGACCUGUACAGCCCCGCCGCCGCGGGCCUCAUCCAGCUCCAAGGCCUACGGUGUUCCAGCCUGACGCCCCCCGGCCCAAGAGACUACAAAGAGCUGUACACGCAGACCGCGUGGGAGGUAGAUCUCUCCAGCGGCCUCGCCGCACUCUCUUCCGUCUCCGACUCCGACUCCCCGUCCAAUCUAGCCCUAGUCGACCUCAGCGAACGCCUGGCCUACUACUACCUCCGCCACCUCAACACCACCAUCCCGCGCUCGGCGGUCCCGCAAAUGGAAUGGCACCACCAGCGCAUUUUCGAGUGGAUCGACCACCUCUUCCCCCUCGUCACCAGCGGCAAGCACCCAACCAUCCGUCCCGAAUGGAGCACCGACACCAAACCCCACCUCCUCGCCCUGGCAUCCCAAUACCCUGACUCCGUCGACCUCCAACUCAUCCGCGCCGUCGGCGAGCACCUCCCCGCCGUCGUCCGCGGCGAAGCCUGGAUGCUCGAGCACAUGGUCGCCAACGACACGCUGGACCGGUUCUACAAGUUCGGACUCGGGUUCGCCCGGGCGAACGGGUAUAUGGGCCGGGUGGCGGGGCAGAUCGCGCACCGCUACCCUAGAUCCCGGAUUUUAGAGAUCGGAGCAGGAACGGGCGGCGCGACCAAAGGGAUACUCGAGGCCCUUGAUGGCAGGUUUGAGAGGUAUACCUUUACGGAUAUCUCGACGGGGUUUUUCGAGGCUGCUGCUACGCAGUUUGAGCGGUGGGCGGGGAAGAUGAGCUACAGGGCGUUGGAUGUGGAGAAGGAGUUAAGUAGCCAGGGGUGGGAUGGGGAGGAGGCUGGGUUCGAUGUCAUUGUGGCGUCGAAUGUGUUACAUGCUACUAAGUCGCUGCGCAAGACGAUGGAGAAUGUGAGACGGCUGUUGAAGCCGGGCGGGUUUCUGUUGCUGUUGGAGGUGACGAGUGAGAUUGUUAGGGUCAAGUUGAUGAUGGCGGGGUUGCCGGGGUGGUGGCUGGGGGGCGAGGAUGGACGGCGGUAUGGGCCUACGAUUACGGUAGAGCAGUGGGAUACUCUUCUCAAGGAGACGGGGUUCGCCGGGGUCGAUCAUGUCGUGAAUGAUUUUGUGGAUGAGAGCAAGUAUAUGACCUCGGUUAUGGUGACGCAGGCCGUUGAUGCAGAUGUGCGGUUGCUGCGCGAGCCGCUGAGCGCGGGCUGGACGCUGCCGCCGGUAACGGUUGUUGGUGGCCAGAAGGGGCUGGCGGGGCGGGUGGUCGAGGCCCUCGGGAGUGCGGGGAGUGUUCAGCUGGUCGAGAAUCUGGAAGGGUUGUUUGUUCAGCCUGAUAUCUCGGUUACCUCGUUGGUGAUUCUGGAGGACUUCGAUCACCCUGUGCUGGAGGACUUUACCCCAUGCAAGUUGGAGGCGCUGCAACGCGCCCUCCCCGAGUGCAGGCAGCUGCUCUGGGUGUCCGGCCAGUGCCGCGAGAAGAACCCCUACGGCAAUAUGGCCAUCGGGCUGUGUCGUGCGAUCGCGGCUGAGCAGCCGCACAUCCAGUUCCAGCACCUCGACAUUGAAGACGCGGUCGAUGCAGGGGCCGCGAAGGCUGUGACGGAGGCGCUGGUGCGGUUGGUGUUUGCCUCGCAGACGCGUCUGGCGACCAAGAACGUCCUGUGGACCUGCGAGCCGGAGCUGGUGCGCGAGAAUGGCCAGUGGCUCGUCCCGCGGAUCGUUCCCGAUAAGCGGCUGAAUGACCAGCUGAAUGCGCGGAAGAUGGUCGUGCAGGGCAUGGCUACGUCUGAGGAGAAGCUCGAGCUGGUGAAGCAGGCGGAGCGGUAUGUGCUGUCGCCUGCGCUGCCGUCUGUUGUUGAGAAGGAUGGUGCGGUGGAGGUCAAGGUAACGCACGCGCUGGUGAAUGCGGUGCAGCUGGAUCAAGGCUCGGUUUGCGUGGUGUCUGGAAACUUGUUGAGUAAGCCUGAUGUCCAGGUUAUUGCAUGCACCAACUCGGUGCGUUCGGUGGUCACUGUGUCAGAGGAGAUGGUGUUUCCGGCUGAAAACGCCAGCCCGCCGCUGCUCCAGACAGUUGCCUUCGGGCUUGUCGCCGAUGAGUGGCUGCAUGGCUUGUCAUCGUCGGAUGUACUGGUUCUCCACCAGGCUGAUGAGCAACUGGGUCGUGUGUUGAGGAGCAAGGCUGCAGAAGCCGGUGUGAAGGUGGUUGAUGUGCGCACGCAUGCCUAUGCCUCCGAGCGCAGCAUUCGCGCACAGAUCCCGCCCUCGACCAAGCUACUCGUCGACUUCGCUCAGUCUUCUGUGCAGUGGGAGCGCAUCCUCCCGGCGCAGUGUAAGAUUCGGAGCUAUGGCGAUGCCAUCGCUCCUGGAACCAGCAUCGCCGACACCGCCAACUUGAACACCUCCCAGCUGCAGAGGGCCAUCUCCUGGGCGCAGCAGCAGCAACCCGCCGACACAGCCCUCGAGACAAUCCCGGCUGCAGAGCUGGCCACCACACCUACUCCUUCCUACCACGCUAUCCUCUCUUUCUCCCCCUCCACAACCAUCCCCACCAUCACGCGCCCCGUCAAUCCAGCCCUCCUCUUCCGUCCCGACAGAACUUACCUGUUGGUGGGCUGCACCGGCGGCCUCGGCCAAUCGCUAUGUCGAUGGAUGGUCCUCAACGGCGCGCGCCACCUAGCCCUAACCACCCGGAACCGCACGCGCAUCUCGACCACCUGGCUGGCCGACCUCGCCCAACUAGGCGCCAAUGUACAGCUCUUCGAAGCCGACGUCGCCGACAUGGCCUCUCUCACCGCCAUCCACCAGACCAUAACCACCGGCAUGCCCCCCAUCGCCGGAAUCGCCAACGCCGCCAUGGUCCUAUCCGACCGCUCGUUCGGCGAACUCAAGCACACCGACUUCACCACCGUCUUCGGCCCCAAGGUCCUAGGCACGAAGAACCUCGACACGCUAUUCCACUCCCAAAAGCUAGACUUCUUCAUCAUGUUCUCCUCGCUGGCCAGCAUCGUCGGAAACCGGGGCCAGAGCAACUACGUCGCGGCCAACCUGUUCAUGUCGACCGUCGCGGCGCAGCGGCGGGCCCGCGGGCUCGCGGCGUCGGUGUUCCACAUCGGGAUGGUCCUGGGGGUCGGGUACGUCAGCACCACGGGAGUUUAUGAAACGACGCUCCGACAGUACAAGUACAUGCCGAUCGCCGAACCCGAGUUCUGGGAUAUGUUCGCGCAGGCAAUCGUCAUCGGCCACCCCACCCUUGCCGGGGGCCAUGCGCCGGAGAUGAUCACGGGGUUGCAUAGACACAGUCUCCGCGAGGAGGUGGCUAAGGCGUUCUGGGCGGAGAAUCCGCGGUUUAGUCUGCAUACCCUUGUCGAGGAAAGUCAGACGGUGGUAGUCGAUGCAGCGUCGGCCAAGCAGGUCCCGUUGGCGGAGGCGGUCGCGGAGGCCGAGACGUUGGAGGAGGUGGACGGCGUCAUCCAAGAGGCGUUUGUCGUGAAGAUGGAGCGGAUGCUGCAGGCGGCGAAAGGGUCAAUCGAGCGCGGUCAGCCACUGAUCAAUUUAGGCGUGGACUCGUUGAUUGCUGUGGAGAUUCGGUCGUGGUUCUUGAAGGAGUUGGAGGUGGACAUGCCGGUGCUCAAGCUGGUGGGCGGCAUGUCCGUCGGGGAGUUGUGUCGGGAGGCGGCGAGUGAGGUGCUC